UCUUUUUUUCUCCAGUUUCUCAUUGGCUUUAGGUCAUGACAGUUGCCCAUGCAUUUUUCAAUGAAUUUUGUAUGUGGUCUCUGGCUUGCUUUGGUGUUGAUCAUUUGAAUCAGCGGUUUGCGAGGGGGGGAGAGGUAUAUCCUGGAUGAGCACACCAGAUGAUGGAAUUUCUCCCACAGACCGCAGCUGCUCGACCAGGACUGUCUCCCUCCGAAAUUAGAUAAGAGAGAAGAGGCAGCAGAGAUUACAGCGGGCAAGAUGUUCUGCGCUAAGCUGAAAGAACUGAAGAUAUCCGGAGAAUGUCCAUUCUCCAGCAGCGCCAAAAAUAAUGAGCUCGGAGACUUAGAGGAGCGCUCAGCUGACGACGCGGAUUUAUUGCCUAUUUCUAAGGACGUGCACGGAAAAAUAGGUGAGGAUCUACCUCGACAGAAGACAAGCAGAGCCAAAGUUAACCUGCAUACACUUGGGGAGAGCAUCCGAAAAUUGGCAUGUCCUGAGUUUCAGAGGCUGCAUACUGCCCUGCACCGAAUGAUGAGACUAUCAGAUCACACCAGGGACUCUGAAAGUCCAGGAAUUUGCUGCACAGACAAUCAGAGUUGCAGUGAUGAACCAGAGCAUUUAGUGGAGAUGAUAAACAUUUACUCAACCAAAACAGCAAUCCCGAUGGAAGCUUUGAAAGUUGCUCUUGGCGAGGAGCUUUUCAACAUGUGUUAUGAGGAGGACGGACACAUUUUGAGGGUGGUGGGGGGAGCUCUCCACGACUUCCUCAACAGCUUCAAUGUCUUGUUGAAGCAGAGCAGCACGCUGCCCAACCCGGACAGAGAGGAUUAUGUAAACGAACCAUCGGUGCUGUGCUUAGACAAGGAUCCGGGUCUGCUUACUGUCUAUUUCUUCAACCCCCGCCCGACCACUCAGCUCUUUUUCCCCGGAGUCAUCAAAGCUGCUGCCCGCUUGCUGUAUCACACCACUGUGGAUGUGUUGAUGGACCCCCCCAGUGCUAAAGACAGCAUCUUGCAGUCCAGCCCACAGGCCAGUCUUCUGUACACAGUUGUUGUUAAGGAUGCAAAAAAUCUGAGCCCCAGCCCGCUGCGGGCUACCUCAGCUGGGACCCUUCCUACCACUCUGUUCUCCACCAUUUUCCCUUUCCAUCUGAUCCUGGACCAGGACUUGGUUCUGGUUCAAAUAGGACAUGGGCUCAGGAAGAGACUGACCAGAAAGGAUGGACUGAGGCGGUCUGCUACCUUCCAAGAACACUUCUCUAUUGUCUCUCCCCAGAUCAAAUGUACCUUUCAAGGUAUUCUGACCAUGCUAAACACACAGUUUAUCAUUCGGAUCAAGCAUGGAGUCUACACCACAGACAUCACAGGGAAGCUCAUGGACCUUAAAGGUCAGAUGAUCUACGUGUCAGAGUCCAAUGCCAUUUUGUUCCUAGGCUCACCAUGUGUGGACAAGCUAGAGGAGCUAACAGGCCGUGGCCUCUACUUGUCAGACAUCCCUAUCCAUAAUGCGCUGCGUGACGUCGUUCUGGUUGGUGAACAGGCCAAAGCCCAGGACGGUUUGAAGAAGCGUCUGGGGAAGGCCAAGGCAGCCUUGGAGCAUGCUCACCAAGCGCUGGAGGAGGAGAAGAAGAAGACAGUGGACCUCCUCUUCUCCAUUUUCCCUGGCACGGUGGCACAGCAGUUGUGGCAGGGACAAACAGUCCAGGCCAAGAAGUUUGACAGGGUUACCAUGCUCUUCUCUGACAUUGUGGGCUUCACGGCUGUUUGCUCCCUCUGUACCCCAAUGCAAGUGAUCACCAUGCUCAAUGAGUUGUACACCAGGUUUGACCACCAGUGUGGAGAGCUUGAUGUUUAUAAGGUGGAGACCAUUGGUGAUGCGUAUUGUGUAGCUGGCGGCUUACACAAGGAGAGUGGGACUCACGCUGUCCAAAUUGCACUCAUGGCCUUAAAGAUGAUGGAGCUCUCAGACGAAGUCAUGACACCAACUGGAGACCCAAUACAGAUGCGUAUCGGCCUCCACACUGGUUCAGUUCUGGCUGGUGUAGUAGGGGUGAAGAUGCCACGCUACUGCCUUUUUGGGAACAAUGUCACAUUGGCCAACAAGUUUGAAUCCUGCAGCCAACCUAGAAAAAUCAAUAUCAGCCCUACAACCCACAGAUUGCUGAAGGAUCGCCCAGAGUUUGUCUUUGUUCCCAGGAGCAGACAGGAGCUUCCGGCCAACUUCCCAGAAGACAUCCCUGGUGUUUGUUACUUUUUGGAGGCCUCCUUCAAAACUUCAAAACUGACUCUGAAAUGA